AUGUCUCACAGCCAUAGCGAUGAAGACUCUAACUCGAGUGAUAGUGAGGACGAAACACUUAUGCUUGUCAAUCUUCUUGUCCUCAACAUAGAGGCGAGACGCCACCUCCAAAGACGGUCCCGUUUGCCUCGGCGGGUUAUUCACAGAGAUCAUUUUCGUGGAGAAAAUCUUAUCCAUCAUCACUACUUCGCCGAGAACCCAGUGUAUCCACCCCACGUCUUUCGUAGAAGGUUCCGCAUGAGUAGGACUCUGUUCCUCAGAAUCUUGCAAGGUCUUCAACAACAUGAUUCGUACUUUACACAACGGGUUGACGCAACUGGUAUGCCUGGUCUAGGUCCACUACAAAAAGUAUGUGCGGCAAUGCGGGUACUAGCAUAUGGGUUACCUUCAGAUGCUGUAGACGAGUACAUUCAAAUAGGGGAGUCGACAGCUAGGGAAUGCCUUCACCAUUUCUGUCGAGGUAUCAUUGCAUACUUCAGUGGGUGGUAUCUACAAACUCCUAACGAAGCUGACAUAACACGCAUCAUGCACCAUAGCGAAUCAAGGGGUUUCCUCGGGAUGUUGGGUUCUAUAGAUUGCAUGCAUUGGGAGUGGCGGAACUGUCCUACCGCAUGGCGUGGUCAGUUUUGUGGCAGAAAUGGUCGAGCGUCCAUGAUUCUAGAAGCUGUGGCAACGUAUGACCUUUGGAUUUGGCAUGCUUUCUUUGGCAUGCCCGGGACAAACAACGACGUGAAUGUGCUCCACCGAUCACCUGUUUUCGACCCCAUGACAUCUGGUCGAAUGCCACCUGUGCAUUACACAAUUAAUGGUAAUGCAUAUAACUUCGGAUAUUACCUAGCUGAUGGUAUUUACCCCAACUGGCCAACUUUCGUAAAAGCUAUAAGGCACCCAUAUGAGCAAAAGAAAGUCUAUUUCACACAAAUGCAGGAAAGUUGUCGAAAGGAUAUUGAGCGUGCAUUUGGAGUUCUUCAAGCUAGGUGGGCGGUGCUACGAGGUCCAGCAUAUGGUUGGGAUCGUAAUCGUUUAACUGAAAUUAUAACAGCUUGCAUCAUAAUGCACAACAUGAUUGUUGAAGACGAAGGGCCGUUUGCAGCUAAUACUGAUUUUGGUGAUAACACUUCAACCAGUCAAGCACCACAACUAAUUGCAGAAGGAAGGGCAGAAUGGGUCAUUAACCACUUCGAUCUUCGUCGCCAAGAAAGAUCGUGCUCCCUUCAAAAUGAUCUUGUCGAGCACUUGUGGGCUCGGCGUGGAAGCAUGUAA